AUGUUCGAGGAAAAAAUUAGCGUGAAGAGCAACGGGCGGUAUAUUAAUGCGCGCUCGUACGUUGGAUUGGGCGUUGGAGAUGACUGCUUUGUUUCGUGCACGAAUAUGGGAGAGGUGCGGUACCAGAAUACGCAGGGGAAUGGCGGCGGGCGGAUGAAGCUGCCUGUAGAUGUUGUGCGGAUGCGGUCGCAUAAGGAUCGCGCGCAGGUGUUUGCAGCCGGUGGGCGCGAGCAAGAGCUCAGCGUGUGGGAUGCUGAGACGGCGUGCACGGCGGCGGAGUGGGUCAAGCCGGCGGUGCAGCCGCUGUUCAAGUCCAAGAACAUCGCUGAUGAUGGGCUGGGCCUGCGCCCGCCCGUGUGGAUCACCGAUAUGCAGUUCCUUGACGCCAACACCUCCGUGCCCCAGUUGGCCGUGUCCACGGGCCACGGGCAGAUCCGGAUCUACGACGCCAAGGCGCAACAGCGGCCCGUGCAGGACUGGCAGAUCACCAAGCACCCGAUCCUGCACAUUCUCGCAUCACACCUCCGCCCCGAACUCUUCUUCGCUGACAACAUGGGCAACAUGCAGCAGUUGGACUUGCGCACUGGAAAGGUCAUUGGAGGAUACAAGGGCAUUGCUGGUGCCGUGUGCGACAUGGCGCUGAGCGAAGACGGACGGAAGGUGGCUGAGGUUGGCCUGGACCGGUUUCUGCGGGUCUACGAGACCGACGGCAUGCGUUUGCUGCGUCAUCGGGCGUACAUUAAGCAGAGGGUCAGCCAGGUCGUCUGGGACUGGGACGAGAAGGACCUCAACCAGAGGGAGAUCGACCAGAUCGAGGCCGAGCAUAUCUGGCAGACCAUGGACACGCUGGGUGAGGAGCAGCGGACAAAGAAGGGCAGCAAGCGCAAGGCUCUGUGA